CGGGAGCCCGGCGAUCCGGGCUUCUGUGAAACAUGGCGGUCGGCUGGGACCGUAACACAAGCAUGACUAUAUGAAGGAAAGGGAAGGUUUUCCUGAAGAUGAGGCGACUGAAUCGGAAAAAAACCUUAAGUUUGGUGAAAGAGUUGGAUGCCUUUCCAAAGGUUCCUGAUAGCUAUGUAGAGACUUCAGCCAGUGGGGGUACAGUUUCUUUAAUAGCAUUUACAACUAUGGCUUUAUUAACAAUAAUGGAAUUCUCAGUAUAUCAAGAUACAUGGAUGAAGUAUGAAUAUGAAGUAGACAAAGAUUUUUCUAGUAAAUUGAGAAUCAAUAUAGAUAUUACUGUUGCCAUGAAGUGUCAGUAUGUUGGAGCAGAUGUAUUGGAUUUAGCAGAAACAAUGGUUGCUUCUGCAGAUGGUCUAGUUUAUGAACCAGUGCUGUUUGAUCUUUCACCACAGCAAAAAGAAUGGCAGAGGAUGCUACAGCUGAUUCAGAGUAGGCUGCAAGAAGAGCAUUCACUUCAAGAUGUGAUAUUCAAAAGUGCAUUUAAAACUACAUCAACAGCACUUCCACCAAGGGAAGAUGACUCAUCGCAGUCUCCAGAUGCGUGCAGAAUCCAUGGCCAUCUGUAUGUUAAUAAAGUGGCAGGGAAUUUUCACAUAACUGUGGGCAAGUAUGUUCUUUUCCCUUAUGAAAAUACUUUACACAAGGUUGAGCUUAGUUAAAAGUAAUUUCUUUCCUAACCAGAUAAUAUAUAGCUCAGUUCAUUUUCAUUUAAUUAACUUAAUUUUAUAUGUGUGAUAUAACUCCAUAUAAAAUUGUCUAUUUUUAAUGUCUAGAGAUUGAUGUUUGAGGUGUCAGUUUCAGGAUAAAGAAGACUACUAACUUUAAAAAGUACUUUAAGAUCAGGAGGAUUGUAGUUCUGUGUUAGCCCUGGGCAAAAAGUUAACAAGACCCCAUCUCAACAAACAAGCUAGGCAUGGGGUUGGAAUUCUAUAAACUCAGCUAUAAGGUAGGAGGAUUGCAGUCCAAGAUCAGUCCCUUGUGAAAGUGUGAGACCUUAAAGCAAAAAGGGGUAAGGAAUGGCUCAAAUGGUAGAGCGUCUGCCUAGCAAGUGCAAGCCCCUGAGUUCAAACCCCAGUACUGCU